CAGGGCAGGAGGCAGGGAGUGGAGUCAGGAGGAGCUGCCAGCCAGUGCAUACCACCACUUCUUCGCUGGUUAGUUGAUUUGUAGGAAUGUCUGUGCUGAGUUCUCACUGUUAACUAGGCUUUAGCUACUAGACACAGCUUAUUAGACUUUGUAUUUUGGUUAUAGAGGCACCUUUUAAAAAAGAUUUUGUUUUAUCUUGUGCUGUGGUGGCUGUAAGAUGUUACAGAUCAGCUGAAAGCUUCUCAGCCAGUGUAUAGUUGGGAUAUAUAAAAUAUGCAAGAAGUCUUAAACAGAGAAUUGUAAAAUACACUUUUAACACUUUUAAGAUACUUUAUUUCUCUCUGAUCAGAUAUUUAUGAUGUAUUUUAAAAGAUUGCAGUUUGAUUAAAUGUACAAAUUACAUCUACAUCUCAAGCACAAAUGCACAUUACAUUAGUAUUUUUUCAUCUGCUGCUCCAAUAGAGAGAAGAUAGAAUGAGUGCUAGGUACUUUUUUCCUUCUGCCACAUUUGCAUCUUAGUUUUUGUUGAAAUGAUGUAGUUAUGUAUUUUCUAUGCCAUCAGCUGGUCCUGUAAAUCACUUCAGACUACUUACUUGCCUGAGAGAAAGAAGAGCUGCCUAUAGCAUCCAGGAGGUGCAAGCAAAGCUGUUUCGCUUGUCCUUGUAAGCAGAAGCAUGGGGCCCAGAGGUUAAAAUGAGUCUCCUUUUUCUGCAUCCCAGCUGUGCAUAUGGUCUGGAAUAAACAGAGCAAAAUAGAGAAGAAAGGUUGUAAUUUAUUAUUGCCUUAGACCAUUCUCUUUCCUGACUCCACCUCAUUCCCCCAGGAGUGGGGAGGAAACAGCAAAGAGCUCAGACAAGUGACUCACAAGGCUGCUUGAAGUAUUGCAGCUUAUAUUCAUGGUGAUGCUGAACACUCAUCUUGCUGUGUGUGUGAGGAACACUUUAGUAAAUAUUAUAGAUAAAUUAUUCAAAAAACUGCUUAUCUGUUGUUUGUGUGCCUUGCUUGUGCAUGAACAGAUAUAAUUACUGUGAGUAAUCUUUGUCAUCUGAAGAGGUCUGUAGCUUAGACCUUAGUCUAGCAGAGCUGAUACCAAUUGUUUUUUAGAAAAAUCAUAAGCCUUACUUGGUUUUGAACUUUUCAUUUUUACUGCAAUCUGACAGAACAGAUUUCCUUUCCUUUCCUAGAUCCUUAAUUAUACAGAAUACUAAAUGAAACCAGUUGGCAUACUCUCAGCCCAGAAGAAAACUUGGUAAAUGCUGAUUGUCAAGAUAAAUCUUUAUUUGAGUAGGUUUGUUGGUGCUGUAUGUGCUUCACUGAGGUUUUCAGCAUCAUCUACAGGGCUGCUACAGUCCUUUGCUCAUCAAUGCAUAGAGGAAAGGGUCGAUCUAUAGAAAAAGGAUACUAUUUUUAGCUGCUUCUGAGUUCACAGGUUUUUUUUCUGUCCGAUGCAGAUGUGGCUGCUGUCAUCCAUGUUUUAAAUUGCACAGUGUGUUCCUGUGAUAUACCUUCUGCAUAUCCGCUCCUGAAAGUCUCUUGGAAGUUGAUUCACUUAAAGACAAUUUAUUUGCCGAAAAGAUUAUGUCAACAUAAAGGCUUUUUUUUUUUUUGCAAAAAUGUAUAUUAUCGGUUUUGUCCACUUGAAGGUUGUUUUUAUUGUCUAAUCAUUGUACUCCUUAAAAUGUUAAGAGUUAAAUAUGGAGAUUUUGUUUUGCUGCUCUCUGAUUGCCACUCAAGGCCCGGUAGAAAUGACUUGUUUUUAAAAGUUAGGUUAUUCUCAACUACUCAUUUAAAAAAGUUUUCUUAUAUUAAAUAUGUGAAAUGUAGUUUUUUUUAACUUUCAAGGGCUUUGGAGAAGAUGAAUGCUGAUAACCCACUGGUCUUCACUUACUUGAAGUUUUAUUAGGAUAAGCUAGGAAUUGUAUUUUGAGAGAUGCAGUAUUCUUUAUUCAUACCUCUGGUUGGGAUUGUUGGAUUAAUUUGCGAAGAGGAGUUAUAAGCCACCAUUGGUUCAAGCUAUAUUUAAUGGAGACCCUGAUGAAGUUCGAGCAUUAAUAUUUAAGAAAGAAGAUGUUAAUUUUCAGGAUAAUGAGAAAAGGACCCCUUUACAUGCUGCUGCCUAUCUGGGAGAUGCAGAAAUUAUUGAACUACUUAUUUUAUCUGGAGCUAGAGUUAAUGCCAAAGACAGCAAAUGGUUGACUCCUUUACACAGAGCUGUGGCGUCUUGUAGUGAGGAUGCUGUUCAGGUGUUGCUAAAGCAUUCAGCAGAUGUCAAUGCUCGUGAUAAAAACUGGCAGACACCCUUACAUAUAGCAGCUGCAAAUAAAGCUGUGAAAUGUGCCGAAGCUUUGGUGCCUCUUCUAAGUAACGUAAAUGUGUCUGAUCGGGCAGGUAGAACUGCACUGCACCAUGCAGCCUUCAGUGGACACGUUGAGAUGGUCAGCUUACUGUUGUCUAGAGGAGCCAAUAUUAAUGCAUUUGAUAAGAAGGACAGAAGAGCUAUACACUGGGCAGCAUAUAUGGGUCAUAUUGAAGUUGUGAAAUUACUUGUGGCCCAUGGAGCUGAAGUAACAUGCAAAGACAAGAAAUCGUAUACACCUUUACAUGCUGCAGCAUCUAGUGGGAUGAUCAGUGUAGUCAAAUAUCUUCUCGAUCUUGGAGUUGAUAUGAAUGAACCAAAUGCAUAUGGAAAUACUCCUCUUCAUGUAGCUUGCUACAAUGGACAAGAUGUUGUAGUGAAUGAACUCAUAGACUCUGGUGCUAAUGUAAAUCAAAUGAAUGAAAAGGGGUUUACACCUUUGCACUUUGCUGCUGCAUCAACGCAUGGAGCACUGUGUUUGGAACUUCUGGUCUGUAAUGGAGCAGAUGUAAAUAUGAAGAGUAAAGAUGGAAAAACACCUUUGCACAUGACAGCAAUCCACGGUAGAUUUUCAAGAUCUCAAACCAUCAUUCAAAAUGGAGCUGAAAUAGACUGUGAAGAUAAGAACGGAAAUACUCCUUUGCACAUAGCAGCUAGAUAUGGCCAUGAGCUAUUAAUCAACACUCUGAUUACGAGUGGUGCUGACACUGCAAAGCGGGGUAUACAUGGGAUGUUUCCUCUCCAUUUGGCAGCAUUAAGUGGAUUUUCAGACUGCUGCAGAAAGCUCCUUUCAUCAGGUUUUGACAUAGACACACCAGAUGACUUUGGCAGAACUUGUCUUCACGCAGCUGCAGCUGGAGGGAAUUUGGAGUGCCUAAAUCUUCUGCUGAAUACUGGUGCAGACUUCAACAAAAAGGACAGAUUUGGGAGAACUCCACUCCAUUAUGCUGCUGCCAAUUGUAAUUAUCAGUGCCUGUUUGCCCUUGUGGGAUCUGGAGCUAGUGUGAACGACCUUGAUGAGAGGGGUUGUACACCUCUGCACUAUGCAGCUGCAUCAGACACAGAUGGAAAGUGCCUGGAAUACUUGCUAAGAAAUGAUGCCAAUCCAGGGAUCCGAGACAAGCAAGGAUACAAUGCAGUUCAUUAUUCUGCUGCUUACGGUCAUCGCUUAUGUCUUGAAUUGAUUGCGAGUGAAACGCCUCUGGAUGUUCUAAUGGAAACGUCAGGUACUGAUAUGCUGAACGAUUCAGACAACAGAGCACCUAUAAGUCCACUGCAUUUAGCUGCCUACCACGGCCACCAUCAAGCUCUGGAAGUGCUGGUACAGUCACUGCUAGACCUUGAUGUGAGGAAUAACAACGGAAGGACACCACUGGAUCUUGCUGCCUUCAAGGGACACGUCGAAUGUGUAGAUGUGCUCAUUAAUCAGGGAGCAUCAAUCUUGGUGAAAGAUUAUGUUGUAAAGAGAACCCCGAUACAUGCAGCAGCUACGAACGGUCACUCUGAAUGUUUGCGACUAUUGAUAGGAAAUGCAGAACCACAGAAUGCAGUGGACAUUCAAGAUGGAAAUGGACAGACUCCUUUGAUGUUGUCCGUUCUCAAUGGGCACACAGACUGUGUUUAUUCACUUCUUAACAAAGGAGCAAAUGUAGAUGCCAAAGAUAAGUGGGGAAGGACAGCAUUACACAGAGGGGCAGUUACUGGGCAUGAGGAAUGUGUGGAAGCACUACUUCAACAUGGUGCUAAGUCCUUAUUAAGAGACUGUAGGGGGCGAACCCCUAUACAUUUGUCAGCUGCGUGUGGUCAUAUAGGUGUUCUAGGAGCUCUCUUGCAGUCAGCUACAUCUGUGGAUGCAAUACCUGCAAUAGCAGACAAUCAUGGCUAUACGUCGCUGCACUGGGCCUGUUAUAAUGGUCACGACAGUUGUGUAGAACUCCUACUGGAACAAGAAGUUUUCCAGAAAAUGGAAGGAAAUUCUUUCAGUCCAUUGCAUUGUGCUGUGAUAAAUGACAAUGAAGGUGCUGCAGAAAUGUUAAUUGAUACAUUAGGUGCUGGUAUUGUAAAUUCAACAGAUUCAAAGGGAAGGACUCCUCUUCAUGCAGCAGCUUUUACAGAUCAUGUUGAGUGUCUACAGCUUCUACUCAGUCACAAUGCUCAAGUAAAUGCUGUAGAUGCUUCUGGGAAAACACCUUUAAUGAUGGCUGCAGAAAAUGGACAAACGAAUACUGUUGAGGUUCUGGUUAGCAGUGCUAAGGCUGAUCUGACUUUGCAAGAUAGUUGUAAGAACACAGCGCUCCAUUUGGCUUGCAGCAAGGGUCAUGAAACUAGUGCCUUGUUAAUACUGGAGAAGAUUACGGACAGAAACCUCAUCAAUGCCACCAACACAGCCUUGCAAACACCUCUGCAUGUUGCUGCUAGAAAUGGACUAACAGUUGUAGUUCAAGAACUCUUAGGAAAGGGAGCAAGUGUACUUGCUGUGGAUGAAAAUGGUUACACACCAGCCUUGGCCUGUGCACCCAACAAGGAUGUGGCCGAUUGCCUCGCACUCAUCCUGGCCACGAUGAUGCCCGUUUCAUCAAGCAGCACAUUACCUUCUCUUACAUUCAAUGCCAUUAAUCAUUACACCAACACCUCUAAAACUGUCACCUUCGAUUCCUUGCCAAUCGUGAGGAGUGAUCAUAGCUCUUACUGUACUUUCAACAAUAUUGGCAGGGAGGAUGGCUACCCCUAUACAGAAGAAGACGAACUCAAUGACUCAGAUUCUGAGACCUAUUGAACACUGCAUUUUGUAGGGCUGAAGAGUGACCCCUAACACUGGAAGGUCGUCACAUUUGUGCUUUUGAAAAAAGCUGUUGGAAUUUGAAUACCAAAAGAGGACAGACCUUUGGAAGAUGCUUUUUAUUGUGGUCGCAUAUAACAAAAUCCAUGAGACUCUGGGAGGAUUUUUAAGAGCAUAUUUUGCAGAAGAAGCAGAAAUUCUUGAAUAAAUUCUUGGAACCCGUGGCAAAAAAAAAAAAUUUAAAGAAUGUCAAAACUGCUUUAUUUAACUGUUCUCCCAUUCUGUUCCUGGUGCCGGGAGUAACUUCUGCAGACUGGGCACCCUCCUCGAUGUAAAUGAACGACACUGUUGUACAACACAGAGGAUGCUAGAUUUAAAUAUUGUCAAUAAAACGAAAAUCACUUUGAAGGCAAUAAAAGCGUUUGGUACAGUAGGCAUUGUUUGUGCUGCAAAUUGCCAAAGGACCAAAUAACUUAAAAGGUUUUUUGUUUUUUGUUUUUUUUUUUAAUUAAAUACCUUUUGUGAAAACUGGAAUAGAUUCUUUGAGAAGUUGUUUUAACCAAACCUUAAUUACUUCUGGGAAAGAAGCUUAGAUUUGGUUUUAAGUGUUGAUUUUUUUUUUGUUUACCAUCUAAAAGCCUUCCGACACUAUUAAAUGUACCGUGAAAGAAAGCAGAUUUAUUUUUAAGUUUUGUUUUCUUUUUCUUGUAGACAACACGAAAAUGGAACUUGUCGUACUUUUCUACUACUAGAACUAAACCAGCUAACAAGGUGAAGUCAGGGUGAAAAAUGUACAGUGUAAGAAACAAGGGGAGGGUGGGAGAAGGGGGCGGGAAACGGUCAUUGUUGCACAGGUUUAGACUUUUAAACUUUGGUGGUUUGAAUUGGGAUUUUUUUUUUAUAAUUUAAACUACGUAACUUGGAAACUAUGGAACUGCAUAAAGAGAAUGGAAAUGGCUCCGUACCCCAUCGGGACUGAGAGUUCUUUUCAACCAUUUGUCUGCUUCCUUACGUCGAAAAAUUUGUACGUAAAGUUCAAAUUGUGAACCCCUAUCACUUCUUUUUUAUAAUCCUGGAGUUACCGGGGGAGGGGGAGGUGGAUUUACAAGUAUAUUUCCCUAUUAGAAAGAAGUACAGUGUCUGGUCUGUGGGAAGAGCUGUGUAUCUUUGUUGUGCUCCAUUUAGAAAUGAACGGCAGAAGCAGGUCCCCGUAAUGUAGUUUGGCCUCACCCGAAGAUUUUUAUUUUUUUUAUUUAUAACAGACUACUGCAUUUUUUUUAAUUGCCUGAAGAAUGAGAAACUGACCUAAGCAAGCUGAAGUCUCAUCUGUUAAAUAUGAAUAUUUACUUUAUUUGGCUCUGCUUUAACUACAACUGUUACUUUUCAAGUGAAAUGGCUUAUGUACAUGCAAGGAAUCCUUGCGUGUUCUGGUAAAGUACAAAUAAAUUACUGCAAACCGACUCAAAUUUCCUUUUUAUCCUUUUUGUAUUGUGAAACUGGAAAUCUUUAUGAUAUUGUAAAUUAUCAGCUGGUUUUCUGAACAUAAUGUGGACACACGGGACAAUAUUUUGAUCUAUUUGAUAAUUUUGUGGGUUUUUUUGAAGAAUUAAUGAGCAUGUACAUAGAAAUAGUGACUGCUUGAAUACUGUAUUUACCUGCACUCUUUCAGUACUUCAAGAUUCUUGUAUAUUUUACGGAGUAUAAUAAAACCCAAAUGUGAGUUCUA